UGUGGUUUAGUGUGGUUUAGUGACGAAUGUAACAUGUCAAGCGGUGACGUUGGACAACUGAAUUUUGAAGGUUAUCAAACGAUCGAGAAAUUGGAGUCUUCACACUGAAGGAGAUUCAUUGAAAUAUCAUAUUUCAUCGAUGUAGUGGAUCGCCGUCAUUGCUUCCUAAUUUUCCAAACGCCGCGACAUAUCGUGACGAUAGAUGCGAUAGAUUAUCGUGUAAAUACUCCAGUUUUAGGCAAAGGUUAGGUGUAAUUUUCAAAGUAAUAUACAAUGGCUCUAGGCACGAUAUUGCAGAAAGCUAUAGAUCUAGUUACCAAAGCAACAGAGGAGGAUCGCAACAAAAAUUACGAAGAAGCGCUAAGGUUAUAUGAACAUGCAGUGGAAUAUUUCCUACACUCUAUUAAAUACGAAGCACAAGGAGAUAGAGCAAAGGAAAGUAUAAGAGCGAAAUGUACACAGUACUUGGAAAGAGCAGAGAAACUAAAGGCUUAUUUGAAGAAAAGUAAGAAGAAACCUGUGAAAGCAGGGGAGGAUAAUACCAAGUCUGAAGAUAAGAAAAGCGAUAGUGGCGACAGUGAUACUGAUAGUGAUCCUGAAAAGAAAAAGCUUCAAAGUAAAUUGGAAGGAGCAAUAAUUAUUGAAAAACCAGAUGUCAAAUGGAGUGAUGUUGCUGGUCUUGAUGGAGCUAAAGAAGCUUUGAAGGAGGCUGUUAUUUUACCAAUACGUUUUCCUCACCUGUUUACUGGAAAACGAAUCCCAUGGAAGGGUAUCUUGCUGUUUGGGCCACCAGGUACUGGUAAAUCUUACUUAGCGAAGGCAGUGGCAACAGAAGCCAACAAUUCAACAUUUUUCUCGGUAUCGUCGUCCGACUUGGUAAGCAAAUGGCUCGGCGAAUCUGAAAAGCUUGUAAAAAAUUUGUUUGAAUUAGCUCGGCAACACAAACCGAGCAUCAUAUUCAUCGACGAAGUCGAUUCACUUUGUUCAUCGCGAUCUGAUAACGAGUCGGAAUCUGCAAGGAGAAUAAAAACAGAAUUUUUAGUUCAAAUGCAAGGUGUUGGCUCCGACAACGAUGGUAUCCUAGUACUAGGAGCUACCAAUAUACCAUGGGUACUGGAUUCUGCUAUUAGAAGAAGAUUUGAAAAAAGGAUUUAUAUUCCCCUACCCGACGAGCAAGCACGGGCUAUAAUGUUUAAACUUCAUUUAGGAAGUACGGCUCAUUGUUUAACGGAAGAAGAUUUCAAAAAAUUAGCAGCAGCUACUGACGGGUAUUCAGGAGCCGAUAUAAGUAUUAUCGUUCGAGAUGCGUUGAUGCAGCCAGUUAGACAAGUCCAAACGGCAACGCAUUUUAAACGCGUAAGAGGUCCAUCACCGAAAGACCCUUCUGUUAUUGUGGACGAUUUACUCACUCCUUGUUCGCCUGGAGAUCCAGCUGCCAUCGAAAUGAACUGGAUGGAAGUUGAAGGUGACAAAUUGUACGAGCCACCUGUAACUAUGAAAGAUAUGUUAAAAUCAUUGGCAACCACUCGUCCUACGGUAAACGAAGAGGAUAUGACCAAGCUAGAGAAAUUCAAAGAAGAUUUUGGUCAAGAAGGUUGAUACUUGGGUUUUUUAAAGAAUGUAAAUCAAUGUACACUUCCAAGAGUAUGUUUCAGUUACACGCGCUUGCCUUACAUCUUGUUUCAUUAUCGUUGCUGCUACUACACAGUAUUUACCCAACAUCACGUGAACUCGAGUUCUUGUAUAUCCUUUUCUCUCUAUUUCUAUUUCUCCUUCCUUCUUUUAACAAUGAAUACGCAAUAACGAUAACAUUGAGAGCUUGACGCAUAUUCACAAAUAUUUGUCAAUGUUAAUAUAAAUAUCAU